CCUGUGUCCUGCUUCUCGCUGGCAGCUUGAACUGCGUGGAAUGGAGCCUCCUGCCACCAGUGACCGAGGAGAUGGUGGUGCAGGCUGAGCAGCUGAAGGGGCGUUUCCAGGGGGAUCCUUCUUUUGAGUAUGAGUACACUGAGAUAAAUGCAGAAGAUGAUGAAAGAUUCUUUGAAGAUGGUCAGGAGCCCGUGAUCAAGGAGGAGGCCCGACUGGUAGCCACAAUAGAACAGAUAGACAGAGCAGUUGGUAUCGUCCCCCGGGGGGCACUUGUGAAGACUCCUCUUGGGUUUGUGCAUGAAAACAGAAGCUUUGAAGGUCUUUCUUGGAUGGAGGCAAAAAAGUUAAGUUCUUAUUUCCAUUUUACUGAACCUGUGAUCCUGAAGAAUAAAACUCUCCUGGAAAAGGCUGACCUGGACCCUUCCAUUGACUUUCUAGACUCUCUGGAGCAUGAUAUUCCACAAG